UGCUUUAGGUUUUCAAGUCCAACAUCGAGCAGUGAAGCAAAGCCUGAGAAACCUGCUGAAGCCAGAACUGACCCUAUCCAUGAAAUGCAGGAAAAUCCAAAAAGUAAGGAGCUGAAGGUUGCACAAGGCACAGAUUUCACAGAAGCACAUGUUCCUGGGAGGCCUUGGAAAUCCCGGCACAUUUCAAAGAUAACCAAUACACCUGAUCAGCUAGAGAGGAAAGGAAGCUUCCUUGGGGAUGCUCAGCAUUUCUCUCAGCAAAGUGAAAGUUCUGUCUUGUUCACAAGCAGUUUUGAAAAAAAAUUAAACCCAGCACUUCUGGAAAAGCCCUUCAUUAAAACUGUCCGAGCCACCAUGUUUGAGCACAAUGUGCAGAGACACAGCGUUGCUGUUGAGCACUCUGGGGCUGAUGCUGCUCUGAAAAGGAACCAGGAGCCUGAGGCAAAGCAAGACGUGGUGGUUUUGGGGCCCAGCAGACGAUCGUGGAUGGGGGAAGGGGAGGAAACUACCACUGCAAAGAAGGAGCAUUACAAGCCAUCUGAUUCAUCCAAACACACAGCAGAUGUAGAGAAAAGUGGCAAACCAGCUUGUUCAAGUGAAGACAAGAAAAUGAUUCUCUUAGAAAAAUCUUUGGUUGAGAAAAGUGAAAAACCCACUGCUAAAAAUGCAGAAGAGUCUGUAAUUUACCAACGAAUAGAGCCCAGGUAUGAAGUCUUUCAGACGUGUGGGGAAAGGGCUCUUAGUGAAGCCAUCACAAUGGCUCCUGAGAAAAAGGCCAUGACACUCAGAGCUAGAAAAUCAUCUGUGAAAGAGAAUAAAACUGAUGAGGAUGUUGGACACACAGGGCAGUCAGUGAGGGCAAGUAGUCACACUCUCUACUUGAAAGAAGAUACUGUUGUUUCAGAAGCUAGAGAGGUAAAAGUUCUUACAAGCAAAGCUGUGUUGAGAGAACCUAAUGAUUUUCUCUCCAGUGAAUGCACUUUACCUGAACAGAAAAAGGACUCUGAUAAAACAGAACCUGAUUCACUGUUAAUAGUAACUGAGAAAAUACCUUAUUCCACAAACAAAAGUAAAGUUUUGGGAAUUAAUGAGAAAGUAAACAAGCUGCAUUCUGAAAUUAGAAGUGAUAAGAGUGAAGUCUCUUCCAUAGAUAAACCAGAGAAGUCUAAUGUGGUGAAAUGCUCUUCUGAGAAAAGGAGUUUUCGGGCAGGUGGGACAGACAUUUAUGAAUUCAGAACUAACCUGGAUCGUGAAGUUGUUUCAACAAGUGUGAGUAAACACGGGGCCCAUUCUUCCUCAGGGCUUUCAGGUGGACAAUUUUUUAAACCUUCCACUAGCCACCAUCCUAAUGCACAAGUACAAACCAUAAAUAAAGAGGAAUCCGGGGCCUUUGGGUUAAGGAAAAGUCUGGACUUUAAUUUCAAAGAGCGAGACUUCAGCUUGGCUAGUGCAGCUCCUGAAAACAGUGAAAAACUCAGAGUAACAGAUGCAGAAGAGAAAGUCAGGAGAAGCAGAAGUAGUGUUUCUGAUUUAAAGAUUUCUGAAAGGUGGAGGAGGAGGACCUUGCCUCAGGAGUCGGCCAAGGCAGAAGAAGUUGUGCGGCUCACUCCUGAAAAUAUCAAGAGGCUGAGUCGGACAGAUUUAUUGCAGUUGGAUGAGGAUUCACUUAAAAAGAGAAACAAAAAUAUCAAAGAAGGGCUGGAAGGGAGUGAGGCAAACCAGGCUGUUCUUGGCAGUUCUGAUGAUUACUUGAAACAUCAGAGUUCUGUCUUCGAGCCAAAGGCAACUUUUUUUGCAGUGACUUAUCAGAUUCCUGGUAUCAAAAAAGAGAAAAGCUUUGUUGGUGCUCCCAGUGCAAGUGAAAUUAAUACAGUUUCCAGUUCAAGUGGGGGAGCAGCAAUUAAUCUGGACCCUGUUUUUCCAGGAAGGUCCAAACCUGUAUUGCAGCAACCAAAUAAAAAUGUGAUGAGUACAACUUGUAGAGAGGACACCCGGGAAGUACAUAUUAGCAAGGAUUGGGUCAAGGAAGACAAUAAAGAUGCUGUUUUAUCAAAAAACGUUGCAUUUGGCAAUUUUCAUAUGUCUCGGAAGGAUAACCAACAGCAUCAUGAAAAAGGUCUGGAUCAUUCUAAAGAGAAAAUUAUAGAUGUUGAUGCUUUCCUGUUAAAACAGAACCUGGAAAACACAGUUCAAAUUGAUCUCAAAAGUAGCAGAAGGAAAGUCUCCUCUUCCCACGAACCCCCAUGUUCAGCACAGGUACGUAAAGACACUGAACCAGGCCCCCAGAAAAGGAGUGAAAAUAAUCCUGAUUUACCUGUCAGGAGGGCUGAGGAUAGUUACAGAUCCCAAAUUCUCGAUAUUGAUGCACUUAUGGCAGAAUAUAAAGAAGAGUCAGCCAAGGCCAGUAAAGUUCAAGAUAAGCUCUCUGAAGAUCUCAGCUCAUUGAGUAGGGAGAAAUCAAAGAACAAAAGAAAUGUGUCUGAUAGGAUGAGUCUUUCCUACAGCUGGAACGAGUGGAAGAGUAGAUCAGAUCACUCUUCUGUUAAUAACAAACCAGGUGAGUGUGUAGAAGAGCAGCACAGGCCAGAGAAACUAAUUCUAAAUGAAAAGAGCAAAGAGAAACUGGAAUUACGUAGCCCUGACUUUGAUAAGCCGAAGUCCAAAGACAGAAAGUUCAGCCCUCCUUACUGGGGAAACCCCAGCAUCUUCUUCUCAGAGAAGUUUGUAAAUUCACCUGUGGAAUUCAGUAGGAAGAAAACUUUCAUCGUUGAUGAGGACGAGGAAGUGAAUUUAACCUCCAGGAAUCAGAGUCCAAAAUUCGUAAUUGAGAAGGUACAGCCUGUAAACGUAGUGGGGACAGACCAGAGGCUGGAAGCCAGUUUUGCUUCCAAGUUGUCCAUAAAGGCAGAUGAUGGGCUUUUACAGAAGAGGUUGGUGACAAAAGAACAGUUCCUGGAGGUGUCUCCAGAGGGUGACUGGAGCAAAAACGUAGUGAGGAGCUCCACAGUGAGGAGCAAAGACAACGCAAAUAAGGCGACGUGUGAGGGCGACUCUUCCAGCGUGAAGAUUAGAACUGAUUGGAGGAGCUACACGUCUGGUUUUGGAACGGCACCCCCGGAUUUGAGACGAUCCUACUCAGAAAAAUGCCACCAAGGAAGAGACAGUCUGCCACUGAUGCAGGAAGUGAGGGGAAGGAAGGAUCUACAUCAGUCCAGGCAGAGCUUCCCCCUGGAAAGUGUGGAUCAUGGGUGGAAACACAAGGUGUCAGCUCCGUCAGAACUGUUCUUCCAUGAAGACAAAAAGGCUUCUAGGAAAGAAUGGACCAAGCAGAGUUCAGACAAAACAGAGGGAACAGACUUUUCCUCAGUGUCUGCUCAGAGGAGCCGCCACAGUUUCUAUAAGGAGAGAAGAGUGGAUUUCGGGACGGACCAGCUGAGGCAGUGCUUCUCCAGGCAGGCGCCGGGAGCGAAGGACACGGACACGCUGGUGCAGGAGCCCGACAGCCAGUACGGCACCUGGAACGAGCAGCGGCACAGCGGGGACAGCUUUGUGCCCGAAUCCCCUUCCCUGGAAAAUGACGUUGUCUCAACGCGGAAGCAGGCCCCGAACAGCCGCCCGUCCUCGCUGUCCUCGCAGACAGAACAGCCCUCCCUGGCUGAGCACCAUGACUUCAACAAAGACCAAAGGAGCACCAGCCUGGACCGUUCCAGCACUGACAUGGACUCCACUGAUGGGACUGAUUUACCUCCUGCGGGAGACACAUUCCCUGAUGACAAGACCACUGAUUUCUCCUUCAUUGAUCACACGGCUGUCCUGGACUCCAGUGCCCUCAAAACUCGGGUGCAGCUCAGCAAAAAGCGGCGCCGCCGGAACCCCACGUCCCACUCGCUGAGGAGGAGCAGAGGACUGGAGUUUGAGAACAGAUUUUCCUUGGUGGAAGAACCAGAUAAUGCCUGGAUGUUCAAGGAUUCCACAGAGGAGAAGAAAACUAUGCAACAGGAAGAUUCUGAGGAGGAAGAGAAGAUCCAGCAUACUCCGAGGUCAUCUGCGGUACAAGCCCAGAGACUCCCCGUGUUCCCAGGAAUGGAUCAUUCUGUUCUCAAGGCCCAGCUACGGAAAAGACAAGAGUCUGAGAGUGCUGGGGACACCGGUUCUGCUCAGCUCUUCAAAUCCCCCAAAGCCCAGCUAGGGACUCCCGGGAGCAGAGUGCUGCCCUCCAGUGUGGAGAAGGAGGACAGGUCAGAAGAAAAGUCUCCUCAGUGGUUGAAGGAGCUGAAAUCAAAGAAGAGACAGAGCCAUUACGAGAAUCAGGUUUGAAAAGACAGUGAUUCUAACUAGAAGAAGAUAAAGAAGUUUAACAGAAGCCUUAACUCAUCUGAACCUAAACCCCCAUGUCAUGUUGCUGCUGUUUGCUUCCUGCCUCAACUGCUCUGUGCAUGGUGCCUUCCUGUUUUGUGGAGAAAGCUGCUUCAAUUCAUAGUCAAAUACAAAGCUGUGUCUGUCAGGUCAGGGGGAUGGUGUCACUUCAGACCUGCCUGCCAGGAGGACCCAUGGUUCCUGGUUAGCACUUCAGAAAGUCUUGGAAAAUGAAGAUACUUGGGAGUGCUGUGAUGCAGGGAACUCCCCUCGCUGUCGAACUGUGUAGGUGUUCAGCACUCAGAGCUGUGACCUCUGGUAGAUGUGUCUGGCUGGGCUUUGUGUUUGUUUAUGAAAAUAACAAUUUUAAUCAAAUUUAUCUUUUUUUUUUUUUUUUGAAACAAAUAGUAAGCUCCUAUUUAGAAUGAAGUUUGUGGAAGGUGAGAGUGGAAGAACAAAUCAUGUUUACUGCCAUAUUGAAAAAGGAAACUUGAUUAUUUUUUGUAAAAUGUAUUUUUGAUUGGCUUAUAUUUACAUGUGAUCUGCUGACCUGGCAGAUGGAGAUAAUUUUUAGAUGAACAAAAUGUUAACUUUUGUCACUCUUGAAGUGGUAUAUUCUGUGUUUUGUCAGCAUGUGGAAUAAUUGCUUCAUUGGAAUGUCUUUCCUAAAAAGGAUCAAGCAAUAAUGUCAACCAGUUCUCUUUAAAAAAAAAAAGUAAAAAUAUGUAAAUACUGUUUUUAUAACAAAAAAGGAAGGGAAGAGGGAGGAUGUUACACUCAUAUCAGGGUUCCAGUUAAUUGUUGAAUGUCACUUUAAUAGCAGUUUGGAUAGUCCCACUUCUUAUUUUUAUUUGUUAAUCUGUAAAUACCAGGUUUAAGUUUUUAUUUUUAUGCUGAUUUUGUGAGAUAACCUAAAUGUGAUCUUCAGUUUCUCAGAUGAUUUCCUGUCCUUCCUUUGGCAAGACCGAUGUGCUGAUAGCGGAGUAGGGCUCUCAUGGACCACGCGGGUGUUUGGGAAUCACUCAUCCCCAGACAUGUCUGUAUCUCUGAUUCUGAAAUACCAACACCAUGGCCAUGUAAGACAUAACUGAUUCUUGUCCCAGAUAAGUGCUCUUUCAGUGAACCUUUAAAAAUGAAGCCCAAGAAGGGAGGUGAUUUGUCCUGUCAAAUUCCUCAGGCUCGACCAGGAAAGCAUGAAGAGGGAACGGAGAGUGGAGUGUUCUCCUCACCUGCCAGAGCUGGGGCUGCUCCUUGGGUUGCACUUCCUAUGUCCUGCUGAGGGGCUCCUCUAGAUUCUAACCAUAAAGCACCAGCACUUCCCCUCAUUUUCCUUUCUCUUUUUUCCGAUCAGUGUUCUGGGAGCUCGAUUCCCGUGGGGUUACCACAGCGGUGGCCUGCCUGCUCUGCUGUCUGUCAGGCUUGUAGCUGCCAAAACCAUGUGCCAAUUCUUCUCAUGAAGGAGUCACAGAGGAGGUGAUUUGCAGUCCCAGUCUGCUCUAGGAAAUAGCAGCAGGAUGUCAGGAGACAAGUCCCAUAUGCCCAUUUCUCGCUCCCAGAUUUAGCUCUGAUGGCAGCUCCCGGUGUGGAGAUGAGACGAAGACAUUUAUCUUAUGUAAAAGUCUUUCCUUGCUGCUCUGCCCUAUUUGUUAUGGGAGCUGUUGCCACUGUUAGUUUUGCAGCCCCUCUGCUCCCCAUGGAGCAGGGAUCCCCCAGGAUCUUUGAUGCUGGGAGUUGGGAGGUGGGCCCUGUCGAGCUCAGCCACCACCAUCAACCAGCUCUUCUCAGCUCAUUUUAAAACGUUGCACAGAUUUUCUUCUCUCUCCUUUAGAUGAUGGUGGAAAAGGCAACUCUUUUUCUUUCGGGAUACAUUUUUUAUGGCAGCACCCAAGGGUUCCAUCGCUGUGUCCCAGGUGUGACACACACCUGGGCCAGCCCGAGCAGCCUGUGCAGGUGUGAGUAGGGUGGCGAUGGCUCUGCUCACUCAGAUGAUGUGGGGCCUGUUUUAACCCCACUAAUCAGGUAAUUCCCUGCUUACAGGAACAUUUACACAGGCUGGAUUUUCCACUGGAGCAGGUGACAGUGUUGUGUUCCCAACAGUUGGAGGAUUUACUGGCUCUUGGUCUCAUAACUGAAGGCCAGAAAUUCUGUAACUGUUUGCUGUGUGUUGAGGAAACUGAGGGGAUUAACACGAGGUUUCCACGAAGCCCUUGAAUGUGUUUGCAUUUCCACGUCUGCUUGGACAAUGCACUGAAACUUACUGUAUUGAGUAGUUUAACCUACUACUGAGAAAUGUUUAAUGCUUAAAUGUCUAAUUAAAAAGCAUCUUUAGAAUGUUGUUGAAUGGGACAGUGUUUUUUCUGCUCUAUUAUUUCUUUAUAUUGUACAUGGAUUAAAUAUCUACUUCCUUCUCUCCGGGCUAUCACUCUGUAAUAAAAGAUAUAUAAAUAUGUUAUUACUUCUUAAAUGAUAGAACAGACUGUAAUACAGUUUAUAUAAUUCUAUUUUAAUUCCA